AUGAACGAUUCUGGUGAAGAAUGGGAAGAUGUCAGAUCUUAUAGGGGAGCUUCAGUUUGGGAGCAGCUUCGGAAAGAUAAUCCAGUUUUCUUCAGUUACUUUGACCUGAGAUGCCAAAUGGCUCUUCAGAUGAGGAUGUUCAAUGAUAUGCUGACUAAGCAAGCUGUUCGGAUGUUCGAGAAUGGUCUUCUUGAUAUUUGUGAUGCUUCACCUGCGGUCAAGACUCUUCUUCAUGAACAUCCUGCAAGAGUUCAUCUUUUGGAGACAUUAGCUUACAAGAGAAAACUGAGUUCUGCAAGCUCAGCAUUGCCUUAUGAAAAUGUUCAAGCAGUUGCACAGACGCAAAACCCUUAUGAUCAAGUCUUUAACUCUGCAAGCUUUUCAAUGCCUAAUCCAAAUAUUCCAUCAAUUGUUCAGUGGCAGAUGCCUAAUGAGCAGCUAAUUCAACAACUCCUUUGUGCUUCAAGCUUACCAAUGCCAUACGCAAAUGGUCCAUCAGUGACACAGCUGACUAUUCCUUGUGAUCAGCAAGAGCAACCCCUUUAUACCACAAGCUUACCAUUGCCUGAUGAAAAUGGCCCAUCAACCGCAACGAAACGUCCCAGUAGAAACGCUGCAGCGUGA